GACAGCGCCGAGUAGGGACCGACCAGACGCCACCGCACCCCGAUCCCGAUCCCGAUCCCGGCCAGGUACCGCCGGAACCCCGCACCGCCCCGGUGGUCCCGGGGUUGCGGGACGGGGAGGGAGCGGAGCGGGGGCCGGACAGACAGGAGGGCGGGGCCGGACCGGACCCCAGCGCGACCCCCGCGCGAAGCCCCCCCCCCGAGCCACCCGCCCCGUUUCUCCCGCAGCCGCCGCCGCCCGGCCCGGCCCGUCCGGCCAUGCGAGCCCCGGCCCCGCUGGCGCUGGGUUGCGUCAGCUUCGCGCUGUGUCUGCUGGAGCUGCCCCGCGGCCGGGCCCUGCCGCCCCGCAGGGACUCGCCGGCCCGGAGACCCCCGGAGCUGAUCCCUUCCCUUCUCGGGGACCGCACUGGCCCCGAGCCCCCCGCACCGCCGCCUCUGCCCGCCGGGACCCCGCGGCACCGACCCCCGGACCCCCGGCACCGACCCCCGGACCCCCGGCACGGCUCCUGGGUCUCCCCACGGCGCGGUGCCCGCCCGGCCCCCCGGCACAGACUGCUCGCCCGCCGGCGCCCCCCGUGGCACGUCCAGCGCCUCCUCCUGCGGCACGACCGACGGCGAGACCCCCGGCGGGACCCCCGCCCGCGGCGCCACGCGGGGGGACACGCGGUGCGGGUGGGCUGCGUGCUGGGCACCUGCCAGGUGCAGAACCUGAGCCACCGCCUGUGGCAGCUGCGGGGCCUGUCGGGGCGCCGCGACUCGUCCCCCAUGAACCCCAACAGCCCCCACAGCUACGGCUGAGCGGGGAGGGGGCCCCGCGCCCCCCGCCCUGCCUGCCCCGCGGGAACCCACUAAAGCGCUUGCACAGGCACACGUGGCUGGGCUCCUCCGCACCGCCCACGCCGGGGGCUGGGGGGGUUCCUGCCGUGAGAACCUCCCGAGUGGAGCCCAGGGAGCAGAGAGGACCCGGGGCCGGGAGAUGGCGACCAGCGGCGGUCCACGGUGGGCUGUGAUGUCCCGCAGGAGCUGGCGGUGGCCGAGGUGGCCCAUUGCUGACUGGUGGUGGCCAAGGUGACCCACGGUGGCCAGCCGAGGCCCAGAGUGACUGGCAGUGGCCCAGGGUGGCCCGUGGUGACUUGUGGUGGCCCAUAGUGACUCUCGGCGGCUCAGGGUGGCCCCUGCUGGUGGCCCGUGGUGACCCGCGGUGUCUGACAGUGGCCGGUCCGUCCGGGGCGGGUCCAGGGGCCACCGAGGAUCCCACUGAGCGCAGCGACGCCUGCGCCUUGUGCAAGACCCCCCCGGCCACGCUCCCCCCGGCCGCGAUCCCGCUGACUCAGCAAUCCAGUGCCUGCCACGGCACGCACGGACACACCCCCCGUGACACCCCCGGGGCACCCCCAGCACCCCUUGUCCUCCCCCCGCCUGCCCAGGGUCAGACGGCUGCUCUUGUCCCUGCCCUGUUCCCCCCCCCUCCAGUUCCCUGGCACACCCUCGGGGUCACCCCUUUCUCACUGGUGACACGUUGUGUCCCCACGGCCUCAGUGGGUGCUGGCACGAGGUGGAGGCCCACGGACACGAGGGGACGCCGGGUAUCUGUCACCCCGGAGUACUGGUGUCACCCCAGGGUCCCAGUGCCACCCUGUGCCCUGGUGGGACAGGGAUGUGUGACCCCAGAGCAGCCCAGUUCCCAGGAGCAUCCCAAUCCCCCAAAACACCCCUAAUCCCUCAGGAACACUCCAAUCCCCCAGAGCACCCCCAUUCCGUGGAGUCCCCAGCCCUCAGCAGCCCUGGGUGAGUGGGUGGGUGACACCCAGGGGUGCUGCCCUGGCUUGCCCUCUCCUGCUUCCCAGGGCAGGACGGGGUGUCCCGUGGAUUUCCCAGGAUGUCCCAGGGACAGGGUGUCCCCCUAGGUGCCAGGGGGUCUGGAACAGGGUACCUCAUGAGGUUCCUGGCACGGGGUGUCCCACGGGAGUCACCUGGAGACGUGUCCAUUCCAUGGGUGGCACAGAAGGUCCCUGAGUUGAGAUCCCCUUGGUGUUACGGGAGGCCCCCAGGACAGGACCCCACGGGUACCACCCGGAGCCCCUGGAGCCAUUUCUUUCCCACGGGUGUCCCAGGAGGCUCCAGCGGAGGGGUAGGGGGCCCGAGGGGACCCUCAGCCCUCGCCCCCUCCCCCGGGUGCCCCGGCGGGUGCCUGACCCGAUCGUGUCACUGCUUCCCGCCGGGAAUCCUGGUCUGUGUGGAAUAAAGCGAGUGAGGAGGAA